GUAAACUCAGUUGUCAAUCCAUAUCAUACACAGAAACACAUGUUUGUGUGUAUUUAGCAAUUACCUUUGUGGAGCUGAGGACCAGAGCUUGAUAGCAUAGGAAGGAGAGAUGUGAAACACAUCCUGUGGUGGUGCACACGAUUCUUCUUCUUCAUCUUUGUAAGCUCUCAAAAUGAGUGAACAACCACACAUCCUCUUAGUCUCAUUCCCUGCACAAGGCCACAUAAACCCAACUCUCCAACUCGCCGACCGACUCUUCCGAAUCGGCCUUCAAGUCACCUUCGCCACGAGCUUCUCCGCCCACAAACACAUCUCAAAAACCCAAAAUACCCCUCCAGGCCUCUCUAUUCUCUGCUUCUCCGAUGGCUACGACCAGGGCUUCACUCUUGGGCAUGGUUCCGGUAAUUUCAUGUCCCAGUUUAAACUUCACGGCAUGAAAAAUCUCAAGCAUCUCAUUCUGGACAUCAACAGCCAAGGCGCCCGGCGUCCCAUUACUCACAUAAUUUACUGUCAUCUUGUUUAUUGGGCGUCAAUUGUGGCGCGAGAGCUUCACAUUCCGUCGACGAUGCUUUGGAAUCAAGCAGCUACUGUUCUUGGUAUUUACUACCAUAAUUUCCAUGGCUAUGAAGAUUUCAUCAGAGAAAACGUGAACAAAGCCUCGUUUUCGGUUACCUUUCCGGGUCUACAUCCGUUAAGUAUCCGUGACCUUCCUUCUUUUUUUCAUCCUUCAAAUGAACAUGUCUUUGUUCUGCCGUUAUUGAAGCAGCAGUUCGAGAUUCUCGAUGACAAGGAGACCAGUACAAAAGUACUUGUCAAUACUUUUGAUGCACUAGAAUCGGAGACCUUAAAAGCUCUUAACGAGUAUCCUGCAAUUGGUGUUGGGCCUUUGAUUCCAUCUUCUUUUCUGGACGGACGAGAUUUGUCUGAUAAUUCAAAGGAAUACAUGAAGUGGUUGAGCUCGAAGGCUUCAAAUUCAGUGAUUUAUGUAUCAUUUGGAAGCCUCUCUGUUUUGGCAAAGCCUCAGAUGGAAGAAAUUGCUCGCGCUCUGAUCGAUACAGGACACCCAUUUUUAUGGGUCAUAAGAGAAACAGAUAAAGAAAAGGAAUUGAGUUGCAGAGGAGAGUUGGAGAAACAGGGGAUGAUAGUUCCAUGGUGUUCUCAAGUGGAAGUUCUGUCACAUCCAUCAAUUGGAUGCUUUAUGAGUCAUUGUGGGUGGAAUUCAACUUUUGAGAGCUUGACUUGUGGGAUUCCAAUGGUGGGAUUUCCACAAUGGGCUGAUCAAGCAACAAAUGUGAAGUUAGUCCAAGAUGUGUGGAAAACAGGGGUGAGAGUUGCAGAGAGAAAUGAUGGGUUAGUUGAAGCAGAUGACAUUAAGAGGUGUUUGGAUCUGGUUAUGGGGAGUAAUGAGAGAGGAGAAGAGAUGAGAUUAAACGCCAAUAAAUGGAAGGAAUUGGCAAGAGAAGCUACUAUGGAGGGUGGCUCUUCGGACAAGAAUCUCAGGACUUUUGUGGACGAGGUUUUGAGAGGAUGACAGCAAAGGCUUCUGUUCCCUUGUACUGAAUUUUUUCUGUUAUUAUUGUGAUGGACUAAAAUAAUUAAUGUUAUUUUUCUCAUGCAGAAUGGUUAUUCACUUAUUCUUCCUUGCUUUUGUUAUUGUCUUUUUUUCCCACGGUUUUUGUGACCCAGUGGUGAAGUUCCAGGAGUGUAACCUAAAUGUAACAUGUUUAAUUAUUCGAAAUAGUCUCUUUA